AGUUGAUCCAAGUGGCCACAUGGCACCAGUCAAACAAUAUUUCAGUUAAAAAAAAUAGUACAUUUCUUUUUUGAGUAGACAUUUUUUUUUGCGUGAAUCCCCAGUGUCUCUUGUUUUAGUGCUUGUGAACUUUUUUCUUAAAAAAAAACAAAAAGUGGUUCUGUUUUUAUUUAUACAAGGAUUUUUAUUUUUUCACCUGGUUCUUUUGGCAUUCAGAACCAAAGUCGAAUGGAGUGUCGAGAAAAAUUAAGUGUCAGAGGGGAGGUAAAUAACGAUUGGAAAUUCAGCAAUGACUCUCCCGGUAUCGAGCUACGAAGAACUACUCGUUCAAGUUCGAGAGCUAACACAUGAAACAAUUCUUUUGCGUCGACAACUUUCAUCGGAUCUUUUUGAGAAUGUCAAUCCCACUGAUUUGAAUCAUAAUCUUUCGCUAAUACAGAAUCAUUACGAGAAAGGAAAAUUAGUUUCCGAUAGUGUUCUUCGACAUUGCGAUCAAAAUCAUCGAAUUGGACCAGAAACAGUUACAUUUUGUGAUAGAAGCAGUUUUCAACCUCGUCAUGAGCAGAAUUUAGCAACAACAAACGUUCAUCUAACUGAUGAAUUGACGACAAAAUUAAACGCUUGGCGGAAUCAAAAUCAAAAUUCUUAUUACGAGGUGGAGGGUAACGAGAGAUACGAUUCCCAGGGUCAGCAGCCGUCGAAACAACAACGUUUAAAUUCAUUCUCAUCGCACACCCCUAGUGGCGUUGUUGUCGCAACCUUAUCAGCAGCAGCAGCAGCAGCAACGAACGGCGAAGAAUGCGUCGGCGUGAAAGGAACGACAACGACGACGACGACUCCAACAUCAACAGUUUCUAAUAAACUCGAGUCAAAUAAAGUUGAGCAUGAUUUACAAUUUUAUCGUUCGAAUUUUAAUUACGAUAUUAAUGGUAGUGCUGGUGGAGGUGGUGGUGUCGAAUCAAAAAAAAUUCAUCAACAAUUAUUAUUGGCAAGCAAUUCAAAUUGGAGUCAAAAAAAUAUUGUCGAUGUCAAUGUUGACGACGACAAUGACGACAAUGAAGGCGAUGUUGACUAUGACGAUGUCGUUCACGUUAUAAAACCACGAACAAGAAUAAUAAAUGCCAAUAAAACAAGAGCAAAUCAACAACUUUCAUCGAACAUCAUUGAUAGUUGUCGAUCUCAUUCAAAACAACAGAAUGUCAUGGAGCCGGAACACAAGGAGGAAAUUUGUCACGAUUCCAGUUCGCCGAGUCCCGAGAUUUUCGGAAGAGGUGGCAAGGGAUAUGAAAACGAUGCGAGUAGCGAGGACGAUAGUAGGCCAAGUUCUUCUUUGCAAACACAAAGAUUAUCCUCUCUUUAUCAUGGAACUUGGCCUGUGAAACGUGACGUUUGGAAUAAUCAACAAUACAAUUUUCCUAAUCCUACUUCUUCUGUACUUCAGAAUGAGAUGGCGAGUAUCAUGAGUUACUCAUCAGCAUCGGGCGUUGGUGGUGGAUCAUCAUCAAUAGCCGGUGGUCAGAGUCAUCGACGACUUGGCGGCAAAGUUGAUGUGGUCUACAGUUUAUUGGGAAUGUUGGGUCGCAGUGAGGGACGUGACGACAUGAGUGCGACCCUCCUCUCAAUGACUAAUUCAAUCGAGAAUUGUCGUGUCAUGAGACAAUCGGGUUGUUUGCCGCUAUUAAUUCAAUUGAUUCACGCGCCGGACCAGGAUCAUGAGACGCGGGAACGAGCAGCCCGUGCUUUGCACAAUAUCAUACAGGCACGAAGCGAUGAACGCGUUGGACGUCGUGAGGUACGAGUUCUACGUCUUUUGGAGCAAUUGCGCGAUUAUUGUCAAACUUUAAGGAUUUCCCUUGAAACAAUGGGUCAUACGCGUGAUGAUCUUGAACGUCAUCCGGGAGCGACGAUUGCCGCACUCAUGAAAUUGUCCUUUGAUGAGGAUCAUCGUCAUGCAAUGUGUCAACUUGGGGGUCUUCAUGCGGUGGCCGAACUUAUUGAAAUGGAUCACACGGCGCAUGGUAGUGAGUGUGAGGAUCCGAAUUGUAUUACUUUGAGGAGAUACGCGGGAAUGGCGCUCACUAAUCUGACAUUUGGGGACGGAAAUAAUAAGGCGCUGCUGUGUUCGUUUAAGGAUUUUAUGAGAUCUCUGGUGUCGCAAUUGCAGAGUCCAAGUGAUGAUUUGAGACAAGUGACCGCGAGUGUUUUGCGAAAUCUCUCCUGGAGGGCGGACAGCAGCAGUAAGCAGACACUUAGGGAAGUUGGGGCUGUGAUUGGUUUGAUGAGGGCAGCAAUGGAGGGGAAGAAGGAAUCAACGCUGAAGAGCAUACUCUCCGCUCUGUGGAACCUCUCGGCCCAUUGCAGUACGAACAAGGUGGAUAUUUGUGCGGUGGAGGGUGCUCUCUCUUUCCUGGUCGAUAUGUUGAGCUACAAGGCUCCUUCGAAGAAUUUCGCGAUUGUCGAGAACGCGGGCGGCAUUUUGCGGAACGUCUCCAGUCACAUUGCGGUUCGGGACGAUUAUCGCACGAUAGUUCGCGAACGCGGGUGUCUCCAGGUUCUCCUCCGUCAACUGAGAUCGCCGAGUCUAACGAUCGUCAGCAAUGCGUGUGGUGCACUGUGGAAUCUUUCGGCGCGUUGCGCUCACGAUCAACGCCUCCUCUGGGACCUCGGUGCCGUGCCAAUGCUCCGCAGUCUCGUCCACUCCAAGCACAAAAUGAUCUCCAUGGGCUCGAGUGCCGCUCUAAAGAAUCUUCUCAGCGCUCGACCGGGUUGCAACAAUUUGGUACAUCUCGAUUCGACCGCUCGCGGUCUAGGACUCUCCACAUUGCCCACCCUCGUAGCCCGUCGUCAAAAGGCCCUUGAGCAAGAAAUCGAUCAAAGUCUUGCCGAGACGUGCGAGAACAUCGAACCCAGCACGUCACCAAUAGAGAAAUUCGCGUUCAAAAUGGAACAACCAAAUCUCAUCGCCACGAAAUUGUCAUCAAGUCAUCAGCAACCGGGACCGUCGGGUAUCAAUCGUUACCCAAGCGUCGCACGCAGUGAGAGUCGGGAAUCAAUGCGUUCCGUCACCAGUACACACUCGGACACGAUAUUCGAAAAAGUGAAAAUGAAUGGAGCAAUCGAUCAUCAAAUCCGCCAACAAUCGGCCUCCCUCCACUCUGCCGUGGGCUUCGAAAUAGGACCAAUUGGCGAUUCAGUCAAGUCCUCACAAUCGGAGAAAAAAUACGCCCAGAGGUAUAAAAACGCAGGCAUAAAUCGCAUGAAACCAGAUGGAGAUUCCAUGUUGAAACGUACGGGCUCCACGAUCUCUUGGUCGACCCCCGAUCAGGAGGCCGCAUGCUCACAGGCUCUUCAUUCCUCCGUCGAGGAUAGACUCUCGCAGGCGAGUUCUACCGAUUUCUCCUUAUCCUCCGAUCAUCAACAUUGCAUCGAAAUCAAGAAAACAGAAAGUGGCGUUAAAGUUAAAACAUCCGUCGAUAAUGGAAAAUUCCCCGAACAAAAUGAAACCCAUAUAAUUGAAAAAAUGGGCGGAAAUUAUGGAGAACCUUUCUGUGAUUAUGCAGAAACGGAUUUAGAUCAGACAACGGAUUAUAGUUUACGUUACGCUGAACACAAUUCAGAUGAUGAGAAACAAAGUUCCGCUUAUUUCACUUGUUCGGAGCAAAAUGUUUUAAAUGGCGAUACCGUGAAGACAUAUUGCACCGAAGGAACACCAUCGCAAAUGUCACUGAAUUCUUCAAGAGCAACUUCCGCUUCGGAUUUACAGGAGGAUAUUCGUCCAAGGAAUUUGUUUAGAACAAUCACGGGCUCGAGAAUAUCGGCACAUCAUUAUGGAGUUGAUGAACAAAUCACAUCUGGCGAAGAUUCCGGAGCCGCUAGUUUUAGAUCGUUGACAAUUGAUGACGAGCACAAAAUCACAAACGAUUCGAAGCACAAAGAAUUCGAAAGAAAGUCGAGAAAAACUUCGUCUCCGUGUCCUGUGAAUCUUAUUAGCGAGGAUGAUGACGAUGAUGAUGAUCAAGGACUUCUUGCCGCAUGCAUUAACAUUGGAAUGCAAAAGAAUAACAGACACAGACAAUCAUUUAGACGUAACAGCCUUGAGGAAGAGGAAAUACAAACUGAAUGCAAUUUAACUCGAUAUGAAACCAGCACUGAAUUGAAUCGAGUGGAUAACACAGUGACUCCAAAUGUUCAGACGCGAAAAAAUUCCCGUUAUAGUAUGCAGGAAAUUAUGUACGAUUUCUCAAGUGAGGUAAGUGAGGCGAAAAAAGAGAUUCCUGUAUUGCAGGACGAGAAAUCAAAAGAUACAAAAUCAUCAAUUGAUCGAGUAGAAAUUUCUUCUGAAGAAAUUGUCAUUAGUGGAAGUUGUGAAUCGUUUGAUUCUGUUGAGCGUUCAGAGCAAGCUCUCUUGGAAUUUUGUAUUCAAUCGGGAAUUCCAAAGGUCACUAACGAUUCGUCAAUUGUUAAUGCUCGGGAAAUUAUUGAAAUCGCUGGCGACACCGUCGACGCUGUGUCUAAAUCAAUAUUAACUGAUGAUGAGGAAACUAUCAAAGAGGAUGAAACUCAUAAAGUUGAGGAAGUUUAUCGACGUCAACGCGAUCCGGACGCAAUGAUCGCUUCAUUAGAUCGUCUUACGGCAACUUUAGUUCAACAAACGGAAGCAAUGCGGGAACGUGACUCCAAUGCAAUGAAGCAAAGUUUACAGAGUGAUACAUGGAACGAAGAUUCGCCGAAUGACGUCUCUUUCCCUAGUAUCAGCGUCAGUGCACCUCUAAUAGGUUCAUUUAAAAGCGACGCUAUCGAUGAGACUUCCGUCACGAAAACUUCUUCCGAAAAUCUGCAAAAUUCCCCGGAUCGUAAGAUUGAGAAUAUUUCGGAAAAUUUACAGAAUCGAGAAAUGACAGAUUCGUUACUUAUCGAGGUGGAAGCAAUAAAACUCGCGCAAGUUGUCUCUGAUCAAUCCCUCAGUUCGAGUUACAUAACAGCCCCGGAUCACAGUGAAAUGUAUACAAUUCGCGAUCAUAGUUUUUCCGUCUCAAUGCCCGUGAGGCCAAAGAAUACGCCGACUUGCACGCAACGCAAAAAGUCUCUCCCACUUGGCGUUGUCGCGAAACGCGCCCUAAGUUACAAUCAAAGUCACACCACGAGUCUGGAGAAUCUUUCCCAGUUGGAAAACGUAAAACCACCCUCGAUAAUGGACGAGGUACUCGAUAUCGCCGACAUGGAAAACAGCAUGAUCAGUGUUGCUAGUAUCAUCUCUGAGAUUGCCGACACAAAAGAAGAUUCUCACAGUGAUUCGGUGUUCGAUAUGGUCAAACCCGUCGCGAAUGUUCUAUCGAUGACGUGUCUCCGUUACGCGGAAUCGCUACCGUUGAGUGGUAACAAUAGUCUGAGCGAGUGUCUCGAGAAUAUUAACCCCCCCUCGCUUUUCAAUGAAGUCACCGAAAUGGACGAGACCCUGUGCAGUGAUACUCUUUGCAUUGACGUCGAUUUUCGCUGCGACGAAGCCUAUUACAUUGAUCGAAUCGAUGAAGCCAAUGAUACCGACGAAGCGGCGACGCCAAUUCCAAGUUCCGCCGAAUCCACCCCAAAGAAACGUCUUCGCGGGCACUUGACUCCAAAACAAAAGCGCCAAUUAGCGAAAGAACGCUACAAAACAUAUACAAUUGCCGCCGAAAUCGUCAAAAAGGAAGAGGACAGACGAAAACUCGAACAGAGUCUUCCGCGUCUCACCCCAAAGCAACGUCGUCAAGAGGAUCGUAAUCGUUUCCAGACGCAAGUUCUCGACACUCCUCUCGACCUAAAACCAAAAGUACCCGAACCUGAAAUUGAGAAACCAAAAGAUUGUCAGACAGAUAAAAUCGAAUCGCCUGUUAAAUCCGGUAUCCCAAUGCUUAGGAAAGUUGCUCCCAAAACACGCGAACGGGGAAAAGACGAAAGAUUCAGAACGCGAACAAUCAACGACAGUUGUCUGAUGAAUUUCCAACACACCAUGCUUGAACAGAACGCGAAUAUUGUACUAAAUACCCUAAACGAAACAUCAAAGGGCGACGAACUCCUGGAUUGUGAAACCCUAAGUCUCGUCUCCAACGAAUCCGGUUCCGAACACUUCCUGCAAAUGCGAUUCAACAACGGUGAAUCGAAACGCGAGAGCCGAACCCGCGUCUUCAGUUACGCAACACCGUCCGAUGUUCGUGAAACAAACCAGUCUGAAUUCGUCCCACCGACUCCAGCGGAAUAUAUCAAGAAAUCUCAGGAAAUCGGUAAUGGAAGUCAAAUUCCAGAAAGUAGAAAAGGAAGACUGACGGAACGAGCGAAGAGUCUAGAACCAGAAGAAUCGGAGGGCAUGUCAAGCGAUGAUGAUGAGAGACAGGAGGAAUCAAAGGGACCCCGGAUUGUUAAACCCGGAAUCAUUAGUCGAGCCGUGAGUCUUGAGGCUGAGGAUAUUCCAAAAGGAAUUCGUGGUAGGCGAAAACCACUGUUUUCGAAUCCUCCUAAAAAAGUGACGCCACAAUCGUCGCCAUCGAAGCAGAGGGGCAGCGCUAUUCCGAUUGGUCGCAGUAACACGUCGCCGAUUGUUCGCGCUACUCGCGCAACUACUCUACGUCAAAAUACCAACACGUCCCGAGAAAUUUCCAAAUGGAGUCCGAAGCAUGGAAAUUCUUCAUUAAAUCCACAAGGAGCUUCAUCACCAAACGACAAGAAAUUAAAGCGUAGCUCAAUCCCCCAGAAAGGAUCAUCAAUAACCAUCGCAAAAGCAAUGAAACGUCACAGUUCACCGCCAAUUAAACUCGAGCGUCAGGGAACAUUUACAAAAGACGAGCCAGAAGUGGAGAAUGCACCCACUGUCCCAUCGCUUCCAACAUCACCAGCAAGAUCGAAAAUCGCCAAACCAAAAGUCACAAUGAUACCGGGAAAAAAGAAUUUCGAAGCAAAAAAACUCGAGACAACAUCAAUUCCAAAGAAAAUUGUCACAAAUCUCGAGAGUUCAAUUCCAAAGAAAAUAGUCACAACCCUGGGUCAACGAUCGAACAGUAAUUCGAAUAUUCAACCACAAAAACGUACCAAGGAAGCGACAAGUAAAAUUGCAAGUUUAUGGAAGAGGGUCGAGGACAGUAAAUUAAAGCAAAAACUUGGGAAACCCGAUACUAGAAAAUGGAUAACGGGCAAUGGACCACAAGUUGAUGAUGACGAUGACGACGACGAUGAUGAUGAUGUCGAACAAGUGGAUAAUUCAAAUUUUCGAUUAUUUCGCAGUUCAACAUUUGAGGGAAUGCCAAAAACGAUAAGUGACUCGUCAAUUGCGUUGAAAUACGCAAAACCCGAAAUGCAGUGUAAUGGAAUGAAAUAUCGGAACUCAUGUGAUCUCAGUGGAAUUCCAGUGAAACAUCCCGAACGUAAAUUAACUCAGGAGGAGAAUAUUAUUUUUCGAAAUGCAAAAUAUUCCGAUUUAACGACUGAUGUCGUCGAAAUUGACAUUACAAAGAGAAUAUCAAGAUUGGGUUCAUUUAUUCGUGUUGAUGAAUCAUCAUCGUCGUCGUCUUCCGGUGUAAAGGAAAUUGCUGCUGGUGGAGGUGGUUUACGUACAACAGCAUCGGCAAUUGUGCCGCCAUUUAAUUAUAAUCCACAUUCUGGAAUUACACAGCAAUUCAACGCCAAAGAUCGUAAGAGUUUGAUUGAUGGACAGGAUUUUAAAUCCGAUAUUGUCACAGGUUCUGCUCGUGUAACGACAGUGUAAAGAAGAAAAGAAAGGAAAAAAAAGAACAAUUUUUUUUUCAGUUUGUGAUACUUAGGAACAAUGGUGACUUUUGUUUCGUCGUAGAUCGAAUACCUGGGAAUUUUUAUUUGGUGUUCGAUCUAUAAUUGCGUUUCUUUUUUGCCUCUUCCCAAUUGGAGUCAUGAAAUUGAUUUAAGGAAUGAAAAUUUUUUUUCAGUUUGUUUGGAAUUCCUUGAGGCGAGGAUUGAGAAAAGAAUCAUUUUGAAGGAAAAAAUUAUUAAUUAUUAAGUAAAAAUAAUUAUUGCUAGAUAAUUAAUUGUUGGUGAUAAAUAUUAAUAAUAUUAAAUAUUAAUUAAUUGUUAGUUACUAUUAAAUAGUAAGUAAUUAUUAGUUACUAUUUAUCAAUAAUUAAUUAUUAGUGUAUGAAAAGCGAGAGCGCACGCGCAAGCGUCGAAGUGGGGCAAUGGGAGUGAGAGAGACAUUUCGGUUCUUCUCUCUCGCACUCAUUGUGCCCGCUGCGGCGCUUAAGCUUCGUACACACCGGCAAAAACUAAUUUUCCAUGAAAAACAAAUUUUUGAAUAUUUUCAAAAUAAAUGAAAAACGAGAAGUUUUCGAAAAAAAACUGUUUUUUAAGUUAAAUGAAACUUAUGAAAUUUAAAAAGAAUU